AUGAAUGUUUUAGAUCAGGACCCUACAAUCUUGAAGAAAGAAGGUUUCAUUCGUUUGUUGUCCAAAUGCAUUCCGCAAUACAAACUUCCAGACGAAACUGUUUUUCCCACGGAAGUCAUUAGCGGCAUGUUUAAAAAAAUGGAAAAGAAAGUUGAAUUAGUAUUGUCUGGAAUUAACAGUGAAUGGAUCAGUGUAACUGUUAGUAGCUUUAAGUGCAAUGUCACUACUAAAAUUUGCUUACUACUGACAGUGUAUUGGCCAUGUACAGAUUUUCAGCUAAAUUCAGUUUUACUGCCAUCGAUUGACAUUUCCGGGACUCUUGAUCACCUACCCAAAGUAAUGGAAAAAGUAAAUGAAGCUCUGAAAAUCUGGAAAAUCCACAUGGAAAAAGUCCACACAAUUUUCACUAACUUUUCAAUCGAUGAAAGGAAAUACACCACGGAGAAGUGUUUUCUUUUUUUAAAAGAAUCUUGUUUCACGGAAAUUCUAAAUAAUUGCAACGUGCAAGAUGUGAUAGAAUGCACAAAGCUUUUCACUCAUUUUCAAACGUUUCUAGCUGAUCGCCUAAAAUUAAUCAAAACACUCGAAAAUGAAAAUGUGCAAUCCGGUUAUCUUCGCGCAAACAAGGCAAUCGAUACUUUCAUGCAAGAAGGUUCUACGACGAGUUUAUCGAUUUUGAUAAUACUAAGUCACCUGAUUGUCAUAGAAAGUGGCAUAAAAAAGUGGGCUGUGGAAGACAACAUACAAUACAUGUUGUCAACUCUGCAGUGGGAGCUCAUAGGAGAUGUGGUAGGAUUAACGGAUGCAUUUGAAAAGGCUGAAACGAAAAUGCUUUCAUCGACAUCUAUAAUAUCGGAGAUCAUACCUGCACUAGUACUCAUAAAGAGUUACAUACAGAAACGGAAGUGCAGUAUUUUAGGUUUAUCACUGCAAACAAGCCUGCUGACAGAAAUCGGCAUUCAUCUGGAUGACUUGGAGAAAAACACAUCCUUUUCGUUAGCAACUGUUUUGGAUCCUCGUUACAAAGGACACCUUUUUACAAAGGAAGCCCGAGAAGACAUACUAAGAAAUUUAGAAUACCAACUGAAAUUGGCCAAUAAUCAUCAGUGUGGAAGAAUCGAGAAUGAAGCUGCAGGAGGAAGAGAAAUUGAGAACUUUACAGGACAAUCUAAUUUCGUGCCAGAUUCCCUUGAAAGCUGCUUCGAAGAAAUGAUGACAGGCGUUCGACGGGAGGAGGAAAAUCAAAUGUAUGAAAAAGACGAAGUGAAGGAAGAAUUGAAUAUGUUCUUUCUGGACAAACUUGUGGACCAAAAGGAAUGUCCCAGGGAUUGGUGGUUCAAAAAUACAGGACAUUUUCCGAAACUGAGCAAAGUAGCUUUUCGCUUUCUUUGUGUAUCGACUGUUUGUUUGAAGAAGGAAGAUUUGUGUAAGAAAAAUUAUGAGAACUAUGAGGAGCUGAAGAAAAUAUUAUUUCUGAAGUAUAAUAUGACGCAGAUGAACGUCAAAUAUUGA